AUGCGACGUGCGGCCACGUCUAAGUAUGAGCCAGCUCAGUGCUCUGGCCUGAGAGCUGCGAAGUGUUACUGCUCCUCGGAUGGAGAUACUGCUGAUAUUGAUCUCAGUGGAAUCAGAAGGAGAAUAAUGGCAGCUUUGAGAAAUGGCUACGCAUGCUUACAGAACAGGCCUGUGUGUAGCAAGAAGGAUGGAGCCGACUUCCACAUCACUGGUUUCUUCUUCAUUGAAAAGCCAGCUUGCAAGGACCCAAUACCUACCACCAGAAUCCACCAGAAUAACACAUCAAAAUAUGAGAGAGUUGGAAAAGAGACUGUGCAGACAACAGAAGACCAGAUCUUGAAAAGGGAUAUGCCACCAGCAUUUAUCAAAGUGGAGAACGCCUGCACCAAACUUGUUCGGGCAGCCCAGAUGCUGCAAGCAGAUCCUUAUUCAGUACCAGCUCGUGACUAUCUAAUUGACGGAUCAAGAGGCAUCCUUUCUGGAACGUCAGACUUACUGCUGACAUUUGAUGAAGCGGAGGUCCGUAAAAUCAUCCGUGUCUGCAAAGGAAUAUUGGAAUAUCUGACUGUGGCGGAAGUAGUAGAGACUAUGGAGGAUUUGGUGACAUACACAAAGAAUCUAGGGCCAGGAAUGACAAAAAUGGCCAAAAUGAUUGAUGAGAGACAACAGGAAUUAACUCAUCAGGAACAUAGGGUUAUGCUGGUAAACUCCAUGAAUACUGUGAAGGAGCUAUUGCCAGUACUUAUUUCAGCUAUGAAGAUUUUCGUAACCACGAAAAAUUCUAAAAGCCAGGGAAUAGAAGAGGCAUUGAAAAAUCGCAAUUUCACAGUAGAGAAAAUGAGUGCUGAGAUAAAUGAAAUAAUCCGUGUAUUACAACUCACUUCCUGGGAUGAAGAUGCCUGGGCAAGCAAGGACACUGAAGCCAUGAAAAGAGCUUUAGCCUUAAUAGAUUCAAAGAUGAACCAGGCAAAAGGGGAUGCUGGUGAGCAAGCAAUAAGGCAGAUCCUUGAUGAAGCUGGAAAAGCAGGAGAACUGUGUGCAGGCAAAGAACGCAGAGAGAUUCUGGGAACAUGCAAAACGCUGGGCCAGAUGACUGAUCAACUGGCUGACCUCAGAGCUAGAGGACAGGGUGCUACACCCAUGGCUAUGCAGAAAGCACAGCAGGUGUCACAAGGUCUGGAUAUGCUCACUGCAAAAGUGGAGAACGCAGCCCGCAAAUUAGAGGCCAUGACAAACUCUAAGCAGGCAAUUGCUAAGAAGAUCGAUGCUGCUCAGAAUUGGCUUGCGGAUCCUAAUGGGGGCAGUGAAGGAGAAGAACACAUUCGGGGAAUUAUGGCUGAAGCAAGAAAAGUUGCAGAAUUAUGUGAGGAGCCUAAAGAAAGAGAUGAUAUCCUUCGUUCCUUGGGGGAAAUCUCUGCUUUGACAGCUAAGCUGUCAGAUCUGCGGCGACAUGGGAAAGGUGACUCUCCUGAGGCCCGUGCGUUGGCCAAGCAGAUAGCUACAUCACUUCAGAAUUUACAGUCCAAGACAAACAAGGCUGUAGCAAAUACCAGGCCAGUUAAAGCAGCUGUCCAUUUGGAGGGCAAGAUUGAGCAAGCUCAAAGGUGGAUAGACAAUCCUACAGUUGCUGAUCGGGGAGUAGGCCAGGCAGCAAUUCGGGGUCUGGUUGCAGAAGGUCGCCGUUUAGCCAAUGUCAUGAUGGGACCUUAUCGUCAAGACCUGCUUGCCAAGUGUGACCGUGUAGACCAGCUGGCUGCUCAGCUAGCUGACCUUGCAGCAAGAGGGGAGGGAGAAUCUCCUCAGGCCAGGGCAAUUGCUGCUCAGCUUCAGGACUCACUGAAGGAUCUGAAAACACGGAUGCAAGAAGCAAUGACCCAAGAGGUUUCUGAUGUUUUUAGUGAUACCACAACUCCUAUUAAAUUGCUAGCAGUAGCAGCCACUGCUCCUUCUGAUGCUCCCAAUAGAGAUGAGGUGUUUGAUGAAAGAGCAGCAAACUUUGAAAACCAUGCUGCUAAACUGGGAGCUACAGCAGAAAAAGCAGCUGCAGUUGGAACUGCGAAUAAAACUACUGUGGAGGGCAUUCAAGCAACAGUGAAAUCAGCAAGGGAACUUACCCCACAGGUAGUAUCAGCUGCUCGUAUCCUCCUGAGAAAUCCUGGAAAUCAAGCUGCUUAUGAACAUUUUGAGACCAUGAAAAACCAAUGGAUUGAUAAUGUAGAAAAAAUGACAGGGUUGGUGGAUGAAGCCAUUGAUACUAAAUCCCUGUUGGAUGCAUCAGAAGAGGCUAUUAAGAAAGAUCUUGAUAAAUGUAAAGUUGCGAUGGCUAAUAUUCAACCUCAGAUGCUGGUAGCUGGUGCCACCAGCAUUGCUAGACGAGCAAACCGCAUCCUACUGGUAGCAAAACGGGAGGUUGAAAAUUCAGAAGACCCUAAAUUCCGUGAGGCUGUUAAAGCAGCCUCUGAUGAGCUAAGCAAAACUAUAUCGCCAAUGGUAAUGGAUGCUAAAGCUGUGGCAGGAAAUAUUUCUGAUCCUGGUUUGCAGAAGAGUUUCUUGGAUUCUGGGUACAGAAUUCUGGGAGCUGUGGCCAAAGUCAGAGAAGCUUUCCAGCCUCAGGAACCAGAUUUUCCCCCUCCUCCUCCUGACCUUGAGCAGCUUCAUCUGACUGAUGAGCUUGCUCCUCCAAAACCACCACUUCCAGAAGGUGAGGUUCCCCCACCCAGACCACCACCACCUGAAGAAAAGGAUGAAGAGUUCCCAGAGCAGAAAGCAGGAGAAGCUAUUAAUCAGCCCAUGAUGAUGGCUGCUAGGCAGUUGCAUGACGAAGCCCGGAAAUGGUCUAGCAAGCCUGAUGUGACUGUGAUUAAUGAAGCGGCUGAGGCUGGUGUAGAUAUAGAUGAGGAGGAUGAUGCAGAUGUUGAAUUCACUCUCCCCUCUGACAUUGAAGAUGAUUACGAGCCUGAGCUGCUGUUAAUGCCAACCAAUCAGCCUGUUAACCAGCCCAUUCUGGCUGCUGCUCAGUCUCUACAUCGGGAAGCAACCAAGUGGUCUAGUAAGGGUAACGACAUCAUUGCUGCUGCUAAACGAAUGGCACUGCUAAUGGCAGAGAUGUCGCGCCUGGUGAGAGGAGGUAGCGGAAACAAGCGUGCCCUUAUUCAGUGUGCAAAGGAUAUUGCUAAGGCAUCAGAUGAAGUCACUCGAUUGGCCAAAGAGGUGGCAAAGCAGUGCACUGACAAGCGCAUUAGAACAAACCUCUUGCAGGUCUGCGAGCGAAUCCCAACCAUCAGUACACAACUCAAAAUUCUUUCCACUGUCAAAGCUACCAUGCUGGGCAGAACUAAUAUCAGCGAUGAAGAGUCGGAACAGGCAACUGAGAUGUUGGUUCAUAAUGCCCAGAAUCUCAUGCAGUCUGUGAAGGAAACUGUGAGAGAAGCUGAAGCAGCAUCCAUUAAGAUCAGAACAGAUGCUGGAUUCACUCUUCGCUGGGUCAGAAAGACCCCGUGGUAUCAGUAA